AUGGUGGAUGGUCGUAUAUUUCCACCUUUUAUUGAUAAGGAUGAUAGUGAGUAUAUUCCUGAGGGUGAUAUCGAAUAUCCUUUUGAGGAUAUAUCUGGAUCUGGUGAUGAAAAUAAGAUAAGAGGAAAUUGGUCAUCUAAAGCUGAAUACUUGUUGUCAGUUACUGGGUACAUUUUUGGAAUAGGAAAUUUAUAUCGUUUUCCUUAUCUUGUUUCAAAAUAUGGAGGUGUUUCUUUUAUGGUAAUCUAUUUUAUCAUGUUUUUUCUUGCAGCACUUCCAGUAGUCUUUAUUGAAUUAUCAAUAGGACAAUUUAUAUCACUAGGAGCUUUAUCAAUAUGGAAGGUGGUUCCUUUAUUCAAAGUUUAUUACAAUAUUAUAGCAUCUUGGGCAAUUUAUUAUUUUGUUAAUUCAUUAAAGUUUCAAUUACCAUGGGCAACAUGUGUUAAUGGGUGGAAUUCAAAAAGUUGUAGUGUAUGGAAUAGAGAUUUUCUGGUAACAUGCACAGAGAUGAAUGGAACUGUCUUGUUGAAUGGAACUUGUUCUAAUAGUCUUGUUGAUAUAAAUACAUAUGGAAAUCAAUCAUUAACAACACCAAGUAAUUUAUGGACAACAAGUCAGACGAUGCCUGCAUUAGAAUAUUUUCAUAAUCAAGUUUUAAUGAUUUCUAGUGGUAUUGAUGAUAUUGGUAUUAUUAAUUGGCAAUUAGCAAUUUGUCUUCUUAUUUCAUGGUUGUUUGUAUUUUUGUUCCUUUUUAAAGACAUUAAGUCAGCUGGAAAGACUGCUUAUAUUAUUGUAAUUUUACCUUAUGUAUUGUUAUUCGUUCUGUUUGUUCGUUUUCUUACUUUACCUGGUAGUUUUGUUGGAUUGAAACAUUUUUUUAAACCUGAUUGGAAUGUACUCAAAAAUCCUAUGGUAUGGGGACAAGCUGCAAUACAUGUUUUUUAUUCAUUAUCAUCAUGUUCUGGGGGACUAAUAACAUUAUCAUCCUAUAAUAGAUUUCACAAUAAUGUUUUCAAGGAUGUUUGGGUACUAGGUUUGAUUGAUCAUGUAACGUCACUUAUGACUGCUGCUUUAACAUUCUCUGCAAUUGGAUUUAUGUGUUAUGAAAUGAAUAUUAAUAUAGAUGAUUUUCAAUGGAAGACAGGUUUACAAUUGAUUUUUGUAUUUUUUGCUGAAACAUUAUCAAGAUUACCAAUAGCUCCCUUUUAUGCUGCUUUAUUUUUCUUACUUGUAUUUCUAAUAUUACUUUCAAGUCAGAUAUUUGUUGUUGAAACUAUUGUUUCAUCUAUUUGUGAUCAAUUUCCUGAAAGAUUAAGAAAAAAUCAUCGCCAUGUUUUGACUUUCAUUGCUGUUUUAUUUUAUUUCUUUGGUUUACCUUUAUGUUCAUCAUGUGGCUUGUAUUGGGUUUUACUUUUUGAGUAUUACAUUUGCCAAUGGCCACUCAUAAUAAUUGGUUUCUUUGAAAUUAUGUCAUUGGCAUGGAUUUAUGGUAUUGAUAAUGUUUUAGAUAACAUUAGAUGGAUGAUAAAAUUUUACCCUCCAAUAUACUUAGUUUGGAAAAUAGUUUGGAAAUUUUUAACACCAUUUAUUUUUUUAAUUAUUUUAACAUUUACAUGGAUUGAAUUUAAGCCUAUGUAUUAUGAAGAAUAUAGGUAUCCAUAUUGGGCUAAUUUAGUUGGAUGGGGAUUAUCUUUAAUGCCAAUACUUUUUAUACUUUUAUGUGGAAUAAUUCAAUUUUGUUUUAUAAAAGGUAACUUUGCAAAAAGAUGGAGAGAAGUUUUAUGUCCAGAAAAUGAUUGGGGUCCUGCUUUAGCUAUUCAUAGGUCUGAGUAUUAUCCUUUACAAAUACCUGAAGCCCGUGGUUUAUUAAUUCAAAAAGCUGAAAGAAUAAAAAGUGAAUCACCAAAUAAUUUGUUAAAAGAAAAACAAAAUAGCAUUGUUACUAUAAAUAAUAGUACAAAUAUUGGAAUAAAAAAAUCACCUACACCUUAUACACAAUCACCUCAAAAUCCUUUUAUAGAUAGGGAAACAGCAAUAUAA